AUGGAAGCCUGUCAAAGUAGUGGUUCCAAUCAUCCCAUUUGCCCAACACAUCAGAGAUUGGCCAAAGUACGUGUGAUAAAAGAUAAAAUGAAAGAUAAUUAUGGAAGACCCUUCUUCACGUGUUCUGAUCGACAUGAUCCUUGCAACUUUUGGCAAUGGGGAGACAUUUACGAAAGCCCUCGACCACGCUGCAAGCACGGGAUGGUAUGCACCGUACAUAAAGUGAAAAAAGAAGGACCCACCCAGAACCGCCUGUUUUACUGUUGCCCUCAGAUAGACAGCUGUGGAUUUUUCGAAUGGAAAGAGAUCGAACCUCGUGUGACCAAGACUGGCUUCGUCCUAUUCAGUGAUCCGCUAGAAUAUUGA